UCAACUCAGGGUUUUACUGGCUUAACUCAAUAAAACGAUGGUGCAUGUGGCCGUUGUUUCCGACCUUUCUCGAUACAUGAAGUCCGUGUGCUAAUCAGCGUCCGACAAUAAUCUCUGCCUUUUGUCAAGUGCGUAUUGUAAAUGCCUGCUUAAAUAUUUUUUCUUUUCCAAGGGAUUUUCUCUCCUAACCGCGGCGCAUCACAUUUACCUGAUCAUAUCAAAAUAAAUCCCGUUGUUAAGCCGUGGACAAGCGACAAUUCUGUAUCCUUAUUUGCCGAUAUCUCCACUUCUGAUAAUCCCUUAUUCCUUCAAACCAUCUGCAACGAAUUCGGAUACACAUACACACACAUUUGGUCCUGAAUAGGAGCUCUAAUCGGAUGCCAGCGACGACCGAAUGAUGGCCUACAUGAAAUCGGACGGUUAUGGUUCCUUAAAUGGACUAGGCGGCAUGGCAGGAGCCGGUCCCAACUCAUCCUCGAUGGCCUACCUAAAAAGUCAAAAUCCCUACUCUGUCAACGCCAUGGGACUCUCCACGGCGGCUGAUCUACUCCAUCAGAAUAUGGGCUACACCAAUGAUUCCUUUUUUCCGCCUGUUACCGCACCGCGCAAACAGCGCCGAGAAAGGACGACCUUUACGCGCAAUCAGCUGGAUUAUCUGGAAGCACUGUUUUCCAAAACUCGCUACCCCGACAUUUUUAUGCGCGAAGAAGUGGCUAUGAAGAUUAAUUUACCGGAACCCCGUGUACAGGUAUGGUUCAAAAAUCGAAGGGCUAAAUGCCGCCAACAGCAGCAGCAAACCGGCGCCCACCAGACCAAGACACGCCCAAAGAAGUCCAAAUCCCCCACAACCAACUCCAACGGCAGCGCCUCCAGUACACCCGUUUCGUCAUCCGGCAACGGCGGCGCAUCCACUCCACCGAGUGGCAUCAAGACGGAAGCCACCCACUCGCCACCGCCUGCGCCUGCUUCCUAUAAAACCGGUCAUGUACACAGUAGCAGUGCCAGCCCGGUGCUGGCCGGCAGUAUUACCUCCAAAUACGAGAACAACCCCGCCAAUGCCGCUGGUUCGGCCAUCUGGAAUCCGGCAUCUAUCGCCCAUGCCGCCGCUGAUCUCAGUGGGAACUGCAUGCAGCGCAGCGCCGGACCCGGCUCCUUCGCCGGGAUGCAUCAGAAUAAAUGCCUGCAGAUGGCGGAUUUGCAGCCGGUUGUCAGUCACUGGUCGACCGGCGCGGCAUCCUACCCGUCACCAUAUAAUUAUCCCAAUAUGAGCGUCGAAUACCUGUCUCCCAUGGGCAGCGCGCCCAAUCACCAUCACCAUAGUCAACAUAUGCCGCAGUUUUCCCAGCAUUUACCCAUGGCCGGACAAGGUCAUCCCAUGUCCGGUCAUAUGUCCGCGCUAAGUGCCGGUGGCCAGCGGAGUGGAGGGGCAUUUGUCAGUGACCUUUCAUCCAUGGACUCAUACGGCAUCUAUCGAUAGGAUCGAUCCGUAAUAGACCGUAAAGCUAAAAUUGUUCCUAUAUGACUUAAUGGUAUUUCCCCUGAUGUACGUACAAUACUCAAAAACAAUAUUGAAAUAUGGAUUGUACACUCUGUAAACUAACGGACUCCAAAUGGACAGUGACAUGAGCUAGAUGGCACGGUAGCAUUUGAGUUCGUGAACUGAUUACAAACAUAAUAAUGUCAAGUUCAAUCUAUCCGUGUGCUAAUAUGGCAGUAUAGCGGCAUGAAUGAAUCCCUUUUUGCUCUUCUUAUCCUGG